AUGAAGUCAAGUAAAGGUAAACGUUCAGAAGUAUCAAAGCAUCAACAGAGUUCGGGUGACGAUAAUGACCGAGAAAAGAUGGAAGCCACUAUUUUUUUACUUCACUGUCAGGGAUGGAUUACCAAGCAGUACACGGAGGAGAUACGGAAUAUUUACUUGAAUCCAUUACAAGCGCUAUUUGACAGAAAGAAGAAAACUGUUGAAUCUAUAAGCAAAUCAGUUGAGUCUUCUAGUAAUCUAUCAUCCCAAAAAGCAGCUGAUGAUAAAAAGUCUAGUGAUACUGAACGAGAUAACUUUUCAAAUAUGGAUAAAGUAGCUGAGAAGCUACAACAAGCGCUGAAAACAUUGCAGCGAAGUAAUGGAGAAAUACCACAAAGUUACCGACCAGUGGCCCGGGAAAAGACGGUUUCACUAGCAGAUUGCUGCGCACUGUUUCGAUUAAAAUCACUUCUUGAGGCGAUGCAAGAGCUAAGUGAUAUACAAACGAGCAUAAUCAAAUGGUUUGAUGCUAAUAAAACAGGUAUCGAAAUACACAAAAAAUCAUUCAAAAAUUUAUUAACAAAUGCUCUCACAAAUUUUGAAAUGACGCAAAUUCUCACAGAACUGUUUGCUAUUAAAGAAAUCUCACGAAAGGAUAUUCAAAAAAUGAAACCCUCGUAUGCCAAAUAUAUCCGUCCAAGUUCAAACUUCAGAAAUAUCGCGCUCAUUAAUAAGCCGCCUGAAAAUGGAAAUUUUACAAAGGAAUUUAUUAAAAAGCUUGAAGGACAGAUUAAUAAUUUCAGCAUUAUUUUCAGGACAAUAGUGUAUGAAAUAGCAAAGAAUCUUGGAAUCAUAAUCGAAACAAUCGUUGCAAAUGUGAAAGAUCACCACUUGGAAGUAAAUACCAAACAAGUAAUUAAGUUUUCAUCAGUGGCGAUGAUUAUUGAUAAUUUACCUCCAAGAUAUCGCUUUUCUGAACCACUUAAUCACCUUGCGCCAUUUACAAAAAAGUUACUGGCUAACUUACCUCCAGAUCUAAAUAGUGGAAAUUUGUUCGGCAGUACUGCUUCACUUCCUGAAUUACCGGAAAAUUACUGCAGUGUCAGAUAUAAUUUUGAGCAGCGUCUUUGGCGUCUGUGUUAUAUAUGUGAACGAUCUUUAGCGAAAAUGGCAUCACGAAAUAUUGCGUGGAAGGCUCCAAAAUAUUUUGGUGUUACUGUGGGCUCAGGAAGACAGUUCAUUGCAUCAUCUUCCGCUGAAGAGUCACGUAAAGGAUCCAAGAAAAAGUUUAUUGAUUUAUCCGUAUAUCCGGCAGAGAAAAUCCGUAAUUUUGGGAUAGUAGCUCACGUAGAUCACGGUAAAAGUACACUAGCAGACCGGAUUCUGGAACUAACGGGUGUCAUAGGUAAAAAUGAUCACGCCAAUCAAAUGCUUGACAAACUACAGGUAGAACGUGAUCGUGGUAUAACGGUAAAAGCGCAGUCUUGCUCUAUGUUUCAUAAGGAUUACAUGUUAAAUUUGAUUGAUACUCCUGGUCAUGCUGAUUUCAGUUUCGAAGUCUCGCGAUCACUUUCUGUUGCUAAUGGUAUCCUACUUCUUGUUGCUGCUAAUCAGGGUGUACAGGCUCAAACAGUGGCUAAUUUUUGGCUAGCUUUCGAAGCAGGUUUAACAAUAAUCCCAAUAAUUAAUAAAAUUGAUCUUAACAGCGCCAAUGUUUCACGUGUGCGUUUCGUUGUAACACAAAUGGGAAAUCUGUUUGAUUUCUCACCAUCAGAAAUACUUCAUAUCUCAGCCAAAAAUGGUACAAAUACUGACAAAGUUUUGGAUGCUAUUAUUGACAGGUGUCCACCGCCUAAAGUUGAAUGCAGUUCAUCUUUUCGAGCACAUAUAUUUGAUUCUUGGUAUGAAACUUAUCGUGGCCCAGUAAUUUGCGUAGCUGUUCAUGAGGGCUUUGUUUGCAAAGGACAAAAAAUACGAACCUAUCAUACUGAUUGUGUUUACGAAGUAUUAGAAGUGGGCAUCAUGCAUCCUAAUAUGUAUGAAGUGCAGAAGUUGCUUCAGCGUUUGUAUGCUGGCCAAGUGGGUUACCUCCUAACAACGAUGAAAUCUGUCCAAGAUGCUCUAGUAGGAGAAACAUUAUAUGAUCCCAGCUGUGAAAAAGAUUUGUUGCAACCAAUGGCUUUAUUCACGCCCAAAUCACCAUGCAUUUACGCCAGUAUUUAUCCAGUAGAUGGUAGUGAUUAUAACGCUUUACGUGAUGCGCUGAAUAAAUUAGCGUUGAAUGAUUCAUCAGUUCAAAUCCAGCAUGAUAGUAGUAGUGCUUUGGGAAAUGGUUUCAAAAUUGGUUUCUCUGGACUUCUGCAUAUGGAGGUUUUUUGUGCCAGAUUGGAGCAAGAAUAUAAUGCUGAUGUUACCGUAACAGCGCCAACUGUUGAAUACCGUGCAGUUAUCAAAGAUAAUCCAAAUAUAAUCAGAAAAAGAUACAAUGGUCAGCGUAUUAUCCGUCUUCUGGAUGCUAGUCAUUUUCCAGCUAACCCCAGCGAUGUCGAUCAUUUUUUGGAGCCAAUGAUAAAGUUGACAGUUUUAUUACCAACUACACAUAGCCAGCAAAUUGAUGAUCUCUGUGUAGCUGCUCGUGGAAAGCGAGUUGAAAGUAACGCUGUGGAUGCAGAAAAUACUAUGCAGCAGUGGCGAUUACCAUUUGCAGAAGUGUGCAUAGAUUUCUUUGAAAGAUUGAAAAGGAUCACUAGUGGUUAUGCUACAUUUAAUUAUGAGUGGGAUGACUUUCAACCGGCAAGAAUUGCACUUCUUAUGAUCCAUGUCAACGAUCGACCUAUUUAUGAAUUCUCUGAGAUCGUACCUUUAAGCCGCGUGAAGGACAGAGCCAAAGUUAUAGUUCAAAGACUCCGAGAGGAAAUACCUCGUCAACAAUAUGAAGUGAAAAUUAAAGCUACUCUUGGACUGACAAAAAAGGCUCUAACACAAACUGUUAUUGCUCCAAUUAAGAAAGAUUUCACCGGUCGUCUAAAAGGCAACUUUGGAGGUGGUGGAUGGGAACGGCUUUGUAAGAAACUAGCAGAACAGAAUAAGGGGAAGGAACGGAUGAAGCAGGUAGGGCAAGUGCAGAUUCCUAAAAAAGCAUUUAUAAAUGUGUUAAGAAAAUAA